CGGCACACUUACCUGCAUCGCUUUCACUCGAUUUUCACGGGGCCGCUCAGCUCCGCCUCCUCGCCGGUGAUUGGCCGCCUGUGUGCCUUUCCUGAGCUACAGUUCUGGCGGCCAAUCACCGGUGAGGAGGCGGAGCCGAGCAGCCGCGCGAAACAUCCAGUGGACGAACUGAAUGAAGGAGCAGCCGCGCUUCCUGGACUGGAUCAUCGUGGGACCGGAGCCAGAGCAGCGGUUCUCAACCUGUGGGUCGCGACCCCUUUGGGGGUCAAACAACCCUUUCACAGGGGUCUCCUAAGACCAUCGGAA